GCACCUGUCAAACAAACAGGGAACCCAUUUAAAAAAAAUGCAAAAGAAUCCGCCCUAGAUACAUCCAUGCAUCACUACUAGUGAUAAAAGCUGAGACGCAAUCGUUUUCUUCUUCACAAUUCUUUUUAUUUUCUAUUACUAUCAAAGAACGACUUUGAUAAAAAGCCACGCCUGAUUGGUACUUCCAUCAGUCUUACUUGGACGAGUAUAUCGCCCACAUUCAGGCCCGAAGUCAUGAGAAUCUUGCGUUCCUAGCUUUUUAUUCUUCCCCUCUGCCAUACCUUCUCAGCUUGUUUUCAGCACACAACAACUAACUUUCCAAAGGCUCUACGUCUUCUUCUUCUUCUUCUUCUUCUUCUUCUUCUUCUUCUGCUUCUAUCAUCGAUUUAACUUUGGGCCAAAAGAGAGAGAGGUUCUGUUUGUAGGUUGCUUUGUUGCUAUGGAUUCUGAUCAAGAAGAGAGAUCUGAGACCAAGAUGAAGGAACUAAUGAAGAUUGUGAAGACAUACAUAGCUUGCUUAUGGUCGUUUUUGGUGAGUUUAACCGGAGGUCUGAUGUUGGCCUGGUGGGAAUAUGAAUAUCAUCCAACAAAUAGGCAGCUGUGGAUGGUGCCCUUAGGUCUUAUUCUGUUUGCUACUCCACUAAUCAUUUGGUUCGCCAUUUUCGUUUCUGAUAUCUGCAGCUCUAAAGAUGAUGUAAGGCCAUUAGAUGGCUCAGUUCAUGACCCGGAAAAGAUGAUCAAGCAAGUUAUUUCAACUUCCUAUUGAUUGUUUCUAUCAAGCUUUACAUAAUUUUUUUCCGGGGAUAAACUUUACAAGAACAAGAAUUGCAGGCUAUAGUAUCACAUCACCCUUAUGCCUUGUCUUUUUUACAGUUUUAUAUCAUUACUUUUUAUAAUUGCUUCAUGUUAAUUGUUUUCAAAUUUUUUAUGCUAAUAUUACUGACUAUGAUUGGCAGAGGUAUAGUUCCUUGGCAAUCAGAUUGCAUAGUCAAA